CUUCCGGUUUCUGCUCCGUCUGCGUGAGGGAGAACAUCUACCGCCCCUCUCAGGACGGGAUGAUGCACUGCAACAUGGCGGCAUCAGACCAUAGACUGUAUAUGAAGACAGGUGCUUGCAGCUUAGAGCCGCCGGGGGCGCUGCAGAGAGACAGACGCAUCUCAACCCACAAGCAGAAGCGGAAACGGAACAACAGCUGCUCGAAGAUGUCGGAGUACGCAGCGACCCAGAAGAGCGUCCUGAAGUUUAAAGGCAGUGGAAACAUUUCAGCCGGGAAAAAGAAGAAGAAGAAGGAUAAAGAGAGUAAACAUCGUCUGGAGCAGGCCGCGAACAGUCACAACGACGAGGAGGUGAAAACCAAGAAAGCUUUUGUUGACAAAAGGACACCGGCACAAAUGGCCUUUGACAAGACGCAGGAGAAGAGGCAAAUGGAGAGAAUUUUGAACAAGGCGUCUAAGACUCAUAAACACAGAGUGGAGGAUUUCAAUCGCCACCUGGAUGCCUUGACAGAGCAUUACGAUAUUCCCAAGGUCAGCUGGACCAAGUAGAAGAGGAGAAAAUGUUCUCUCCAUUUUUUGUUUUUUUAAACUUGCACAAAAAUCUCACACAACCCUUUUUGAAACUUAUGUUUGUUAUUUACUAAUUUUAUCAAUAUACAAUUAAAAUUGGAUUUUAAUUGUGUAUUUUUUGUUGCUGUCCCUGGUGUAUACAAUAGGAUUUGAGUAAAGAUACAAUUUGUUGAGUUCUUCCUUAUGUUACAUACUGGACAAUAUAUCCUUGAUGACCAAGCA